AUGAACACAGGCAGCUCCUUUGCAAAGAGCCCCGGAAGGGAUACCAAGAAAUCAGAGAAGAAAUGUAAGGCCUUCAAGGAUAUUUCCAAAUACUUCUCUAAGAAAGAGUGGACAAAGCUUGGAUACACAGAGAAAAUCACUUAUGUGUAUAUGAAGAAAAACUAUGAUACCAUGACUAAUCUAGGUCUCAGACCUACCCUUCCAGUUUUUGUGUGUUCUGAUAAACAGGCCACUGAAUCCCAGGGGAAUAAUUCUGAUGAAGAUCUGAACCACGAGAAUCAGGUCUUCUCCAUCACAGGACGCAAGAAACAGGGGAGGAAUGUCUGGACCAAUAGACUGAGGAAAAGAAAGAAUCGAGCAGCAUAUGAAGAGAUCAGUGAGCCUGAGGAACAUGACUCACUCUCCUCAAAGAUGUGACAUGUGCCUGUGAUGAGAAGCAGAACCUGGUGGCUUUUCACGAACAUGGGCCUGGCUGUGAACUCCUGGCCAUCAGGUGUACAGCAAGUGAAAGGAAGAGUUCCCAACAGCACGCAGUUAAGCAUCAUUUUUCUUACUAUAUGCCAAGCACUCUGUUAGAUAUUAGUGUUUCAUUGUUGAGCAAGACAUAUACUUAAUUCCUAUUUCUGUUUGUGUAUCCAUGCACCUAUCUCACAAAACCAGUACUGUCAGGUAUUCUCUGCACAAAACAUCAUUACCCCCCUCUCUCCCCUGAGGUGACUACUGAGGGCAGUUCUGAGUGUUUAAUUCUACACUUUUU